AUGUUCAACAAAGCCGCUCUCGUCGCUUUCUCUCUCAUCGCCAUGGCAUGUGGUCAGCAGGUCGGCACCCUCACCACGGAGACUCACCCAGCUCUCCCCUGGCAAAAGUGCACAACCAGCGGUGGUUGCGUAACUCAGUCUUCCGGUAAGGUCGUCCUCGACUCCAACUGGCGCUGGCUCCACAGCACCAAGGACACCACCAACUGCUACACUGGCAACACCUGGGACGCGACUCUUUGCCCUGAUGGUACCACUUGCGCUGCCAACUGCGCUCUCGACGGUGCUGACUACUCUGGAACUUACGGUAUCACCACCAGCGGUAACGCCCUUACUCUCAAAUUCGUCACCAGCUCUGCCCAGAAGAACAUCGGUUCCCGUGUCUACUUGAUGGCCAGUGACACCUCUUACCAGAUGUUCAAGCUCCUCAACCAGGAGUUCACCUUCGACGUUGACGUUUCCAACCUUCCCUGCGGUCUCAACGGUGCCCUCUACUUCUCUCAAAUGGACGCUGAUGGUGGUAUGGCCAAGUACCCCACAAACAAGGCCGGCGCUAAGUACGGAACUGGAUACUGCGACUCUCAGUGCCCCCGUGACAUCAAGUUCAUUAACGGUGUUGCCAACUCUGUCGGAUGGACUCCUUCCUCCUCUGACGUGAACGCUGGAACCGGUCAAUACGGUACCUGCUGUAACGAGAUGGAUAUCUGGGAAGCCAACAACAACGCUGCUGCCUUCACUCCUCACCCAUGCACCACUGGUGCUCAAUCUCGCUGCGAAGGUGACGCUUGCGGUGGAAGCGACGACCGCUACGGCAGUGUCUGCGACCCCGACGGUUGUGACUUCAACUCCUACCGCAUGGGCGCCCCCAACUUCUACGGUCAGGGCAAGACCGUCGACACCACCAAGAAGUUCACCGUUGUCACCCAAUUCAUCACCGACGACGGUACCGCCAACGGUAACCUCAAGGAGAUCCGCCGCAUCUACGUCCAGAACGGCCAGGUCAUCCAGAACUCCAACGUCAACGUUCCAGGAAUGUCCUCCAGCUACAACUCUAUCACCGAGCAGUUCUGCGACGACCAGAAGGCUGCUUUCGGCGACACCACCAGCUUCCAGGACAAGGGUGGACUUGCCGGCAUUGGCAAGGGUAUGGCUACCGGAAUGGUUCUCGUCCUCUCCGUUUGGGAUGACCACGCGGUCAACAUGCUCUGGCUCGACAGUGACUACCCCACCACCGCUGACCCCUCCGCGCCCGGUGUUGCCCGUGGAUCCUGCCCCACCACUUCUGGUGUCCCCACUGACAUUGAGAGCUCCGAGGCCAACUCUUCCGUCACUUUCUCCAACAUCCGCUUCGGUGACAUCGGAUCGACCUUCUCCGGCAGCUCUUCCACUGGCGGAGGAUCCACCAGUGCUCCUGCUGGCACCAGCACCACCAGGCCCGUUGGAACCACCACCACUCCCGCUCCCGCUGCUACCCAGACCAAGUACGGUCAAUGCGGUGGCCAAGGCUGGACUGGCCCCACUGCCUGCGCUUCGGGAUCUUCUUGCAAGGUCUCCAACCCAUACUACAGCCAGUGCCUCUAG